GCGCAUGAAGCUCCAAUAAUAGUAAUGGAUAUAGAUCCUACUUCUUCUUUAGUCGCUACAGGAUCUGCUGACAGUACAGUUAAAGUUUGGGAUAUUGAAGGUGGUUUUUGUACACACAACUUUCGAGGUCAUGGGGGCAUAAUUAGUGCACUCAAAUUUCAUUUGAAAGAUAACCGAUGGACAUUGAUUUCUGGAGCAGAUGAUUGUAAUAUACGUGUAUGGGAUUUACAAGAGCGAAA